UCAAAAAGUGUUAAUUGACUAAAGCCAAUUGUCAAAUGAAGCAACUUUGUUUAUACCAUAGAAAAAUAUAUCAAAUAAGUUGAAAAAUACUAAAUAACCAUGGCUGUUUGUGUAGCCAUAAUUGGAAAAGAUAAUUCGCCAAAAUAUUUUUCCAGUUUAAAUCCAGAUGAUGAAUUAAAUUUUCAAUAUAAAGUAUAUUCCUCCUUAGAUGUAAUUGAAGAAAAAUUAAAAGAUACAAAAGUGUUUGAGGAUUACGAAUUAUAUUUUGGACAAUUAUUUUCUACAGAAACGCAUAAAAUCUUUGGUUACGUCACAAAUACCAAUAUUAAACUUGUAAUUGUUGUGGAUUCAACAAAUACAGCUUUACGGGAUAAUGAAGUUCGAGCGAUGUUUAGAAAAUUACACACGUUAUACGCAGAUCACAUUUGUAAUCCAUUCUACUUACCAGGAACCCCAAUUGUAUCAAAAACAUUUGAUGGAAAAGUCAAAAAUAUUAUGACGGGAAAUGCUUAAAAAAAA